AUGUUCAACAGCAACCAGCCUCCGGCGCCAUACUACCAUCAGACUCAAUACCCAGCUUACUACCCUCCACCACAUCAACCUCACACACCAGUUCCCUUCGGCAAUAUGGACACUCGAGCACCACCGCCUUACCAAUUCCCUCGACAACCCAACAUGCCGCCGCAACAGCAAUCCGCCCCACGUCCCUGGUUUCGAAUAACCAAGGAAGAAGUCCGUAACCUCGCCAACGACCAGACCAUCGUAAACAUCACCCGACAAUCCGCCUUCAACAUUCCCAAAGAACUCUCUUCAAAAUCCUCGGUCGCACUCACAAGGCCGGAUGGAUCGUUGAUGGGGACGAUACGUUUUCAUUCCAUGACUUCCACGAGUAUCGAUGUCACUAUCAAUGGGCAUUCAUCGAAGUUGUCUGAUUCAGCUAUGAUGGGCACGAAAUUCACUUUCAACCCAAUAAGUCGAGGGGCGGUGACGACAUUUGGCGGCGAGAAGUGGUGCUGGAAGUUAAAGGGGCAUGCGAAUGCGACGUUGCACAGUGCGAAGAGCGGAGGCGAGUUGCUGGCGAAGGUCGAGGAGGGGAUGUUGGUGUUUGAGAAGCCAGGAAUGAGCCAUGCGGAGAUGGAUGAGAUCUUGGUGACGGGUGUUGCAUUACACUUUAAGGGGUCAAGAAACAAAAAGGAUGAGAAGACUGCUGAGGCAGUUUUCGAGGCGGUGGGAGGGAUCGCAGGUUGA